AUGGGUAGAUACAGUCUAGUGCGCAGCUACAAUGGUAUCACCAUCACUAAGGAGAUUUCAGUUAUUCUGGCAGUGAUUUAUCUGGAUCUAUUUGUCUAUAUGGUGUCAUUGUCGCUUUUAUAUGCACUUCAGAUGCGAGUUCGGUUUUACCCUACAGCAGAUAUAGAGACACACUACUAUUCUCUAUCGGCCUUUUUAAACAACGGAUUUGUAGUCAAACUAGUCUAUGGUGUUCUGAUGACAGAGGGGCUAUUAAAAAGAAACCUUAUGCAAGUUGUUGUCUGUACCUUAACGCAGUUUGUUAUUAUGGGCAUUCGGCUCUGGAUGAUUCUGGUGCUAGAUGCUGGAACAAAUCUUCGUUAUCUUGUUUUGGGUUUUAAUAUUGCCGGAAUUGUAGCGGACAUGCUUAUUAUGCUGUACAUAAUUGUUAAGCAGCGAAAAGAGUUUGUCUGGUUCUUCCAUAAACCCUUUGGAACGAACACCCAAUGUAACACCAUGUUUUCUAUUCGAAGACUCCUAGAUUUAUCACUUAAGGCGGGCUUCCAGCUAUUCAUGUCGAUGCUGAUUAUUUCCUUUUUGAUUAUGAAAGUGGGGGUCACUUUAAUCGUUGAAACUGUGCUUUAUGUGGCUAUACUACUGAUUUCCCAGAUUGACUGCUACGAGAUUGUCUCUGUGAGAAUGGCUAAUAUAUCACUUAAUUUCGGCAUGACAGUCUUUUUGCUAAUUGAGAUAAUCUUAUUCCGUUAUGCGGUUAGGCCCAUAGCAGGCAAUUUAACAUAUUCAGAAAUAUAUCCUUAUCUGGUUGUUACACUUUCUCUGCGAGUACUGCUGCGUGCUUUUUACGUCGGCAUUCUUACCCUUGAUUUACUUUCCUUCAAUAAGGGCAUCCUCUGCACCCUAGCCCUCAAACAAAAGAAGCGCAAGUUUAUCAGCAGUGUAGAUAUCAUGCUUAACACCGAAUCCACUCCACCUUACAUACAAGUAACAGCACAAUAG